AUGGCUUCGGCAUCUCAGGAUAGCAAUACGCGGAGCCAACCUGCCGGGGGCGAACUGGCUUCCUUCAAAUCAAUACCAGCAAAGGAAACCAGUCCUGUACCAACAGUCGGCGACAUAGCGCCCUCCUCACCCAAGCUACGACUACCGGAUGGGAAACUAACAAUUAUUGCGUUCCUUCGCCAUUGCGGAUGUCCCUUCGCGGAGAAAACAUUCAGGACUCUCGCAGAUGUCUCCGAAGAGCAUCAUGAUGUCCACUGUAUUGCAGUCUCGCACUCAUCGGAAGAGGCCACAGACCGUUGGCUUCCACAGGUCGGCGGAACCUGGAGCACCGACGUCAUCGUCGACGAGGAGCGUGAUCUUUACGCCAAAUGGGGUCUCGGGUUAUCUUCCACAUGGCAUGCCUUGAGCCCUUCUGUCCUCUGGUCUGCGUACAAGCUCGGCACCGGAGAGGGCAUCUGGAAUCGAACAACCGAGAGCGGAAGCAGGUGGCAGAUGAGCGGCGCAUUUGCUGUCAACCGGUUUGGCACGGUUGUCUGGGCCCACGUAGCCAGGUCUGCCGAUGAUAUCCCUGAUUUCCAGCAAGCACUGAAGGCUCUUUCUGGAAAAUAA